UUCUCAGCCAACCUUCUCAUUCCGCUCACACACGAUCAAUCUCUCACUCUCCCCCAAAUGAUGUCUCCGAUGCACUUGAUCUUUCCCUUGAUCCUCCACCUAAUUUUCCCGGCGGCCGUCUCCGCCGUGAUACAGCUUCCCGGCGGAGAGUCAUUCUCCGCCGAGAGUACGUACUGCGAGAGCUGGAGGCUGGCCGUGGAGACAUACAACGCCGGAACAUGGUACGGAAUCCCGAAAAAGUGCCAAGACUACGUCGUCGCAUAUCUCACCGGAGAACAGUACGAUUCCGACUACGAGACCGCCGUAGAUUACGCCAUCGACUUCGCCAAGACGGUGAAAAUUUCCGGCGACGGAAAGGACGCUUGGAUCUUCGACGUGGACGAGACCCUUCUCACCAACAUCGACUACUACAAGGCUCACGGAUACGGGUCGGAACCAUAUAACGAAGAGAGCUUCAACGAGUGGGUGGAAACAGGAGCAGCUCCAGCGUUUGAUGCAAGCUUGAGAUUAUACAGUGAGCUUAAGAAGAUUGGAUUCGCCAUCAUCAUUCUAACCGGACGAGACGAGGAGCAAAGAAGCAUAACCGAGAAGAAUCUUGGAGACGCCGGUUAUUCGGGUUGGUCAAGACUCAUCUUGAGGGGUCCAGAGAAUAAAGGGAAAUCAGCGACAAUAUUCAAAUCGGGGGAGAGAUCGGAGUUAAUAAAGAAAGGAUACAGAAUCCAUGGGAGUAUAGGAGACCAAUGGACCGACUUGCUCGGAUUUCCCGUGGCCGAACGAUCAUUCAAAGUGCCUAAUCCCAUGUACUACGUUCCUUGAUGAUGACAAUGAUUAUGCGAUAUGCCUUCUUCUUGGGGGUUGUUAUUGUAAUUUCGUAACCUUUGGGGCCGGUCUGUGAUUUAUAUUAAAAUAAGGGAUCAAUCGUAAAACUAUGUUAUUUGUAGUACGUACUGUGUCUUGCCCGUCGGAUU